AUGACAAAUAAACAAAGGCGAUCAGACAACAAAUAUUGGAAAGUAAGUGAAAGUUUAAUUACCAGAGAUCAAUGUACCGUUGAUGGAUAUAAUUGCACCAGCAGUUGUCUACUAGCAGAGCUGGGCCCAAGUCAAAAACCAGGUUGUUAUGCUUUAAAACCAGGUUCAAAUGAUACGUUAAAUGGACUUGAAUUAGCAGGCCUCGAUCCUUAUUAUAAUGGUUGGGACUUAAAAAUUUCGGGUAAAAAUCUGACAAUGUAUCCAGAGUUGUGUGUUGCUUAUUGUGGGGACUAUACUUUUAAAUAUGCUGCGUUAAGUAACGGAAGUGAAUGUAGAUGUGGAAAUGAUAUUACAGCAUAUACUAGUGACAAUAAUUGUAAUAUUAAUUGUCCUGCAAAUGCUGUUAAUUAUUUUUAUAAUACGACUGAUAAUUGUGGUGGAAAAAAUUCUUACAUUAUUUAUGAAACAAUAUUAUCUGAUCCAUACAACCAUUAUAACUAUACUAAUGGAUCAAAUAUCAAUGAAAAAAUUCAGAUUGUUCGUAAUCCUAGUAAAUAUGUUGACUCUCGAUAUCUUUAUUGUAUUCCAGAUCACCCUCAUUGUAACGAAAGAGUAUUUACGGGUACAUUUAAAGAUGAUGGUACUCAAAUGAAGGAUGCGCUUAAUAUGACGGUUGACUACUGUAUAGAAAAAUGUAGAGAAAGUGGUUAUAAUAAUGCAGGAUUAGAAGCGGGAACACAAUGUUUUUGUGCUAACGCUAGUAGCUAUACUCUUAAUCGAUUAAAUUCGGAAUAUUGUAGUUGUAGUUGUUCAGGAAAUAGCUCCCAAAACUGCGGAGGUCUUUGGGCAAUUAGUAUAGGAGUAAUUUGUGCAAUUAGUUUCUUAAUUUGGAAAAUAUAUUGGGGAUCUGGAAAAAUAACAAAAGAACAACAAGAAAACGAAAAACCAGAACAACCUAGCUAA